AUGGCCGCCAAUCGCACUAACUUCCGCUAUUCGGAUUUCAAGUGCGAUCUGUCCGGUGCGUGUGUUCGCUUCCCCGGCAUCGGCGCGUACGUGCGCAUCGGCGAGAAACUGGGCUGUGGCGCAUACGGGGACGUGUUCCGAGGCUAUAGGUUGGAUGAAUGUAGUGAUGCGACCCCUUCGAGCAACGAUGCGGGUUACCAGUGUAAGAAGCGGCACGUCGGAGGCUGCUCGCCCACCUCCGACUCCGCCGCCGCGUCUGCAGGCGGUGACGCGGCCGGCAGCGGCAAGGACGACGGCAGCGGGCUCGUGGGCACCUUCAGCAACCCUCCGGAGACUGCCCGGGAGGAGGGGUCCCCCGAGCCGCAUGUCCCUGACUACGCCAUCAAGUACUUCAAGGAAGACAUCGUGCACAUAAUGAACGAGGGCUUCAGCUCUGGCACUCUGCGCGAGCUCAGCAUAAUGAAGAGUUGCAACGACCACCCCAAUAUUCUGAAGCUGGUCGACGUCUAUGUCGGCGCUCAUCCCGGCAUCGCGGCCACCCUGAACACCCAGCUGGGCGACAUGCUGAAGUCGUCCGGCAGCGACCUGUCGCGCAGGAAGGACCUGCACUUCUACCCGUUCAAGAACUCCCAGGUGUUCAUGCUGGCUCUGUACGAGUAUUGCGAAGGUGGCGACCUGGGAAGGGCCAUCUGGCGCGCCUACGACAAGGGCCUGGGCGGCUACACGCUGUCCGAGGUGAAGUGGUACGCGUUCCAGCUGCUGAACGGCCUGGCGUACCUCCACACGUCCAAGAUCCAGCACCGUGAUUUGAAGCCGAACAACAUCAUGCUCGCAACCAGCGACCGGCUGACGGUGCUGAAGAUCGGCGACUGGGGCAUGGGCCGCGAGAUGCGUAACCUCGACGGGACCAUCACCCCCACGGCGUGCACCCUGUUCUACCGUCCCAUCGAGGUCAUUCUGGGCCCGAUGGUGAUCCCCCCCGAGAGCGAGAACUUCCUGCGCCCCUCCCAGAGCCACCGGCACAACUACGGGAUCAACGCGGACAACUGGAGCGCCGCGUGCAUCAUCGCCGAGCUGGCGACCGGGCAGCCCCUGUUCCACGGCAACUCGGACUUCCAGGUGCUGACCCGCAUCGUGACCACGCUGGGCCGGCCCACCGAGGAGGAGUGGCGCAACUGCUCGCGGUCGGAGCACUACCCCUUCAAGGGCAGCCUCUACAGGAUGCAGGUCACCGACAGGAAGGAGCGCCUGCGCACGGUGCUCCAGGGUCGCAUGGACGACUUGGGCCUGGACCUCCUGCUGUCGCUGCUGGAGUACAACCCGCACAAGCGUCUCAGCGCGCUGGAGGCGCUAUCGCACCCGUGGUUCCACGACGUCGACUUCCGUCACCUGGACGCGUUGGGCGUGCGCAACUGCAUGUCUAACACGCUCAUGGGCCGGUUCGGCCCGGGAGCGGUGCGGGACCUCGAGGCCAACUCUGGCGGGAUCACGUCGAGCACGCUGCUGUCGCACGUGCUUUUCCUAGAUUCGGAUACGCGGGAUCAGGUGGUGGACGCCAUGGACCGCGACUACGCGUGCGUGGCGCCGGCGCUGCGGCAGUCCGCGCUGCCUGUCGCGAUCCAGUACAGCGGCGCCGCGCGGUCGUCGCCCCUUUGA